CCUCGUGCGAGGCCGGCCAUACGCGACGCGCACCACAAGCGAGUCGAGAGUCCCAUCUAGGGUUAGGGUUUCCCGGCCAUGGACGAGCCGGCGGCUGCGGCGGCGUCAAGGAGGAGGUGGGUGCAGUGGGAGGAGGUCGUGGUGUCCAACGACCGUGGGCGGCGCCUGGUGCACUACUACCUCCGCGGCGAGCCCGGCGACGGCGGCGCGGAGGAGAGGGAGCUGGCGGUGGUGGGGCGGGAGCGGAGCCCGCGGCACAUGUCGUACGCGGUGCAGGGGCGCUUCCUGCGCUCGCUGGCCGCCGCGCCCCCCGGCGCGGCCUCGCCGUCGCCGUCCCGGUCCCCCGCGGCGGCAGACGGCGCCCCGAGGAAGUGGCGGUCGAGGCGGGAGGUCGUCGACUGGCUUUCCUCUCUCGUCUCCGGAUUAUGGAGAACACAGGUGUUAGCCAGUGGAAGCCGAUGCUGCUUUCCUCUUUGGGUCAAUCGUGUAAGCUUGCGUUUGGGAAUAUAGAGAGAAAAGAGGCAGCACCGACGAAUCGAAAGUCAAUCAGGUUAUAAUGACGGGACUUCUUCGAUGGCUAAUAGGUUUCAUGGAAAUUCAUAUGAUGACAAUGAUGUUGACUUUCUUGAUGUUCCUGCCUCAAAGGAUGUCUCUACUGCAUCAAUAGCCAGGAAAAAUUCAAAAGAUUUCACAUGGUUAGGUCCUGCAUGGCACUGCCAAAAACGAUGGAAGCACUACAGAUCUUUCUGCCGUAGGGGAAUUACUAUCUCGGUGCAUAGUUUUGUCUACAUCAUGAGCGAAGAAAAGAAGAGGCUCAUUGCCUAUGUGGAGGAUCUGUAUGAGGACUCAAACGCACUCAACAUGGUCAUGGUACGAUGGUUUGACAAAGUUGAUGAGGUUGGUGUCGAAUUGCCCCCAAAUGUUGGUGACAGAGAGAUUUUCUUUUCCCAUGGUCUUCAAGAUCUCAAUGUUGAAUGCAUUGAUGGAUUGGCUGCAGUCCUGAGUGCUCAACACUUGGAGAAGUUUCAGAGUGGCACCAAACACAGCUGUUGGUAUCCUUAUCUUUGCCGCAGCCAGAUCGAUAAUUAUGAACUCAAGCCUUUUGACAUCUCCCAGUUGCAAGGGUAUUGGAGCCAGGAAUUGGUCAGGACCAUGUUUAAUGCAGCUUCUUCUCUAAAGGUACGUUUUAAGGUAACCAAAAGUGGGCCUGGUUCAAAUGGAGUGCAGAAGAGGAAGUGCCUUCCUUCUGGACAGUCCUGUCCGGGUUCUGUUGAUCUGGAGCAUAGCCUUCAAAAACAGUUAUACCCUGGUUGCCAUGCUGAAAUCCUGUCUCAGGAUAGUGGUAUAAGGGGCUGUUGGUUUAGAUGCUUAAUCUUAAAGAGGCAUAAAGAUAAAAUCAAGGUGCAAUACCAAGAUCUUCAGAAUGCGGAGGAGACAGGAAAUUUGGAGGAGUGGGUUUGUCUAACAAGAAUAGCUAAACCUGAUCAGUUGGGCAUACGCAUCUCUGAAAGACCAAUGGUUCGGCCACACCAUGUGCAGAAUAGCAAGGGUGCAUGCUCCCUUGAUACCGGGGCUAUUGUUGACGCAUGGUGGAAUGGUGGCUGGUGGGAGGGUAUUGUUUUGCAUCGUGGAAAUGAUGGACGCGUUCAAGUUUAUUUUCCUGGAGAACAGCGGGUAGCUGAUUUUGACAAAGAUGAUUUGAGGCCGUCACUUGAGUGGGUUGGUGACAGAUGGAAUCCCUUGAAGGAAAGAAAAGAUCUCACAAGCCAGUUGCGUUCUUCGGAGUGUGAACAUAGAGGCUUGAGCAAACUCAUCUGCCUACAGGAUAAUCCAUCUCCGAAACCAGAAUCUGAUGAAAGAAGUGAUGGCAAAUCUUUGGGCAACAAGAUUUCACGGGGUCAGAAACGUGUUCUGGCUGAUCUCACAAAUGAUCUCAAGUUUGACAAUCUGAAAUGGAUGGCAAGAAAGCGUAGAAGAUCUAGUCCAAGAAGGCAGUCAGACACUGGCAGCGGUAGCAGCAGCCAGGGAGACAUGGAUGAGUCCAGCCCGUGUGGAAUUAAUUCAGUGCCUGAUCAAGAAUUUUGCAAGAGCACCGGUCAGCCAAUUUUCAUUGGUUUGCCUGUGCCAGUUUCUAGCUUGGUGAUGUCCAGAUGAAGAAAGACUACUUAGAUGACUGACGUUUAUGCACCUUCCAGAUUUAAAUGGCCUCGGCGAGAUGUGAGUUUGUUGCAUCCCCGUGUUUUUGUGUCCUGUGAUCCAGAAUUUUGCAAGCUUGUCCACAGUGAUGCCUGGGAUGUCAUCAAGGGCAACUGGGCAAGCAAAGUACUCCCUCCGUCCCAUUUUAAGUGUCUCAAAUUUGUUCAAAUAUGGAUGUAUCUACACCUAAAAAGCGUCUAGAUACAUGUAAUAUUUCGACACUUAAUAUGGGACGGAGGGAGUAUACUGUUUGUAUUUAAAACUAAUUUAGGGAUUUUUGCCUUUCUGUUGUCACUUUCUAGUCUAGGGGAUUCGAUAGGAGUUCGUAAGUCUUGUUUAGUAGGGAUAGAUGCCUGAGUUGUAAUUCCCAGUUUGGUAGUUUCCGAAGUUCCCUGUUUUUUUCUUUGUUUACAUUUCAACAAUACAAUCGUCUGAAGUUAAAUUUGCUCGUAGUUGAUGGCAGACUGAAUCCAGUACUGUAAUGGAAAUAUGUGGCACUUGAGUUUCGUUGGUCGCA